AUGGAGCAGGGAUUUACCGAAUGGGUGAUUCUUGAGUACUGUCAGAUUAUUCGUGAUAUUGGCAGGGAUAACCUCAUUUUGACGUCACUUCCGAGCGGUACCACAGACCAGGAUAUUCCACGACCUUUAAGAGAGUUAGGCCUCGUAUGGACCACCAAAGAGGUCAACGAGUACGUUGAUGUUUCUAAAUCCAAGUUAUGUCUCCUGGACCCUCGUGCAGAGACUGAUUUACAGCCCUUGGACAAAGAGAGCUUUGAUUAUUUUAUUUUUGGAGGCAUUCUUGGUGACCACCCACCUCGAGACAGAACUUCUGAGCUGAAAAAGAAACUGGAAUGCGAGACAAGACGCCUGGGCAAUUUACAAAUGACUACCGAUACCGCUGUGCGCACCACGAAGAUGAUUCUGGAGGGUACUCCAUUCGAAAAGAUCGAAUUUAUUGAUUAUCCAGAGAUUCGGUUCAGCAAACACGAAGCGACUGAGAUGCCAUUUAGGUAUGUGCUGGAUGAAAACAAGGAGCCAAUUCUGCCGGCCGGAAUGCUGGAUUUGAUCAAGAAAGAUUCUGAAAAAACGUUAGACGAUUUCUUUUGA